UGUGUUUUAAAUGCCCGGAUGAGGAAGCAGUGGCUUCUCCGUUAUGGAGCGCUACGAUAAGGCAGCUGUUAUGGAGCGCUACGACAAAGCGGCCUUGAACGCGCUCUCGUCCCCGGAGACCAGAAAUGAAGGUUCACUGGCCACAACUCUAAGGACACUUCUCUUCUUCACAGCUUUAAUGAUCAUGUUGCCUAUUGGGCUAUAUUUCUCCUCAAAAGCAUAUAUAUUUGAAGGCACCUUUGGAAUGUCUAACAGAGACAGCUACUUUUACGCGGCGAUUGUCGCAGUGGUUGCUGUCCAUGUUGUACUGGCUCUUUUUGUCUACGUAGCGUGGAAUGAAGGCUCCCGGCAAUGGCGGGAAGGCAAACAGGACUAAUUUGGAGCUACAGCCUGACAGACAAGCAGCCACUUGCAGGUGUAGUGCAGACCAAAAGUGUCAGUCUAGGAUUUAGACUAAAGUUUUGGGAGUCUUGUGUUCAAAUAGGACAAGACUGGCUUAUGUUGCCUCUCAUACCUAGUGCUUGUUUUAAGUGACAACCUCAAAGCAGCUGUGAACCCGGAACUUGGAAGAUUUGGGAAAACCACAAAGAUGGGAAAUGGAGUACACCAGAAGGGAAAUGCUCUCAGGUGACUAGCUUAGCAGCCUUUCAAGAACUAUUUUGAAAUCCACAUUGAAAAAAUUCAUAAAGUGAAAGUUGGGGAUUCCUGCACUUCUUGUUAGAGUCUGGAUCACAAAUGGAUGAUGUUAUUGUGAAACAUCUGAUUCCAGAUUGUUCAUCUAGGUGCGAGUGCAGUUUUAGGGGCCUCAGUCUACACGAGGCUCUUCUUCUGGUUAAGAAACACAAAUGCUGGGGGGUAUGGCUUGCCUUUUGGAUCAAGAAGGCGUGAUGAUGUAUGUCUGAUCCUCAACAUUUCGGUGUCAGAUGUCUUUCCCGGCAAAGUAUAGCGUUUGCCAAAUGCCAUGAUCUUGAAUACUAAUCAAUUUGUUACUCAUCUCUGAGAAGCACUUUUCUUUGAGGGUGCAUUUUGCUUAAUUUCUUAAGGCAUGGUAAACAUAUACCAGUUACACUUACAUGAAUGAUCAUAAUCGUAUUGGACAAUCCAAAAUGUCUCUGUGUUGCAUAUUAAGGCUUUACGCAUAUUUUCGUCAUUCGUGUUGAUCUCCAACAUCUUUGUAAUGGUACCAUUCCAUUCUAGUCCUCUUUGUCAAUGAUGUAAAGAACCUGAUGUUUACCAAUGUGAUAUUGCACCUGUUUGGCAUUGCUGCCUCAACUCAAAUCCCUGUAAAUAAAUGAGCUUGUAAUAUUACUUCUGGUGCUUCUGCAUCAUGAGCAAAAUGCACGAGGGUAAAACCCAAAGCAGACAUAACUGAACAAAAGAAGUGACUUGAGCUUUGCAUUUGGUUUGCCAUUAAUGACUGUUUAGCAUUAUUUUUGUGAAAUCAUGGAAAAGGCCUCCUGCCCUACCUCCUUUUCAUUGAUGAAGCUGUGGGCAGUGUUGCUUUAAGGAUUUAAGGCUCAGUUGGAAUGAAUGAUAUACUACGAACUGGUGGAUUUGUAUCUGUUUCAGUAUCUAAUGUGAAAUUAGGUUAAAAACAUAGUUUUCCUUAAAUUAAUGCCCAAUUUUCUUUCCUUGCUAGGUUAGAUGUAUUCUGCUUGUGUAGUUCUUAAGGGGUAAUUGCUAGGGUACAGAAUGUUUGAGGUGAUACUUCUGUUCCACAGAUAAGGGAUUGCUUCUUACGUUCAUGUGAAGCACUGAAAAUAUUUCAAGUGUAGUAUUCCUCGUGGGCAGUUUGCAUCAGUUCAAGGGUCUGCAUGCAAGGUAUACUCCUCAACAGAGGACUCAGCUGCUGUUGGGUACUUGCUGCAGCUGGCCCACUGAAGAAUGACCCCACAGCCUUGUUGAAUUGCAAAUUUAUUUUGUACAAUAUUGUGCUAAUUUUCCUUUCCCCCCCCUUAGAUAGGAAAUUUAUGUUGUAUAGUGAAGUCUGCUUUUUAAAAAUAAAAUAUACUAUAAAUUG